GCUAUGGGUCAGCUAUUGUUGAUCAAGUACCCCCACACAACACACAUUGAGUGGCGGGAAAAGCAGGCUGAGGCCACGGAGAAAGCUUUACAGCUUUGGCAGCAAAGCCAGGGCCGAGCCCCGUGGGGCUGCCGUUGGUUUGAGCUUUGGAAGGAACGUGUUGAUGAAGCUGUGAAGCUGAAUCAGACACUUCACGUGUUUUACUUCAAAGGGCGGGUGGGGGCUGGAAAGCUUUCCUGGGACCAGCUUGGCCACGACGAGGCCAGAAAGAAUGCUCGUGUGGGUGGAGGUCUUGGCAACUCACAGACAGCCGAAGUUGCAUAUCUAGACAAGUUGGGCUUGCCGUAUGUUGAGCAUGAUGUCUCGGAGUUCAGUUCAUUCAUCGCACAAAUUCGCACCGAGUCAGGGCGAGCUGAUGACCAGCCCGAGUUGACUACAUUAAUGAUAUGA